AUGAAGAUGAGGCUGAGCGGUGUGCUAGUGAGUGUGCUCCUGCUUUGGGUUGAGGGGUGUUGGGGUGACACACCGGCCAACUGCACAUAUGAGAACCUGCUGGGGACAUGGGUGUUCCAGGUGUCCAAAGGAGGACAUGAUAAGACCGUCAACUGCUCUGCUGAAGCUACAGGUGAGAGCACGGUGACUGUGACCCUGGAGAAGCUGUCAGUAGCCACAGAUGAGCUGGGGCACACUGGCUUCUUCACCCUCAUCUACAACCAGGGCUUUGAGGUGGUCAUUAAAGGCUACAAAUGGUUCGCCUUCUUCAAGUACACAGAAGACGGCCCUAAAGUGACCAGCUACUGUGACCAGACCAUGCCAGGGUGGGUCCAUGAUGUCCUGGGGAACAACUGGGCCUGUUUUGUGGGGAAGAAAGUGAAAUCAUUACCACCUCAAAUAGAUUACAAACCCGUCUUCAGCAGCAGGCUGCUCCAGAAGUCGUACAAACACGACCUGGACUUUCUUGAUUCCAUCAACUCGGUCCAGAAAUCCUGGAGGUCUGUGGCCUACCCAGAGCAUGAGAUGUACACUCUGAAGGAGCUGCACUACCGAGCAGGCGGGCCCGCCUCCCGUGUCCCCGGGCGUGUUCGACCUAUGCCUGUGAAAGCGGAGUUAGCCAAGAUGGCGGCCGCUCUACCUGAGCACUGGGAUUGGAGGAACGUUGGCGGCGUUAACUUCGUCAGCCCUGUCCGAAACCAAGCAUCAUGUGGAAGCUGCUACUCCUUCGCCACCAUGGGAAUGCUGGAAGCUCGCAUUCGAAUCCUCACCAACAACAGCGAGGCUCCCAUCCUCAGCCCGCAACAAGUGGUCUCCUGCUCUGAAUACUCUCAAGGUUGCGAUGGUGGCUUCCCAUACCUGAUUGGGAAGUAUGUGCAGGAUUUCGGUCUGGUGGAUGAGUCAUGCUUUCCAUAUAUUGCAAAAGACUCUCCAUGUGGCGUUCCUCAAAACUGCGGCCGCAUUUACGCCGCAGACUACAACUACGUCGGUGGGUUUUAUGGCGGCUGCAGUGAGAUGGCUAUGAUGUUGGAACUGGUCAAGAAUGGCCCCAUGGGAGUGGCCUUUGAGGUCUACUCCGACUUCAUGCACUACAAGGAGGGCAUCUACCACCACACAGGCCUCGUAGACCCUUUCAACCCCUUCGAGCUGACCAACCAUGCCGUGCUGUUGGUGGGUUAUGGCCGCUGCCACAAGACCGGACAGAAGUACUGGAUUGUCAAGAACAGCUGGGGCAGCGGCUGGGGCGAGGACGGCUACUUCCGAAUCCGCCGGGGCAGUGACGAGUGUUCCAUCGAGAGCAUCGCAAUCUCGGCAAACCCCAUCCCCAAACUGUAGACAUGAGUAGUUUUAACAACCGUUUUAAAAACUGGCAAAACAAGGCGUUCGUUGAAAGCACAAAUAGUGGCACAAAACUUGUGUUUUUAAGGUUGAUUUCUAAAAGUAUUGACACAUGGCUUUGUAUUGAAUGGAAACUGCUGUUCUGCUCUUUGGAUGCCAACCAAUUUUGUUUAAAUCUUGUUUUUCAAACGUUUCCUGAUUUUUAACCGUCACUUUUCAAUUAGCUGCCUAUGAAUGACUUUACUUCAAGCUGAAACUGCCAACAAUGCGUCUGUAAAUACCUGACAAAUCCUGAAGGGUAGUUUAAAGGGAACAGAGGUGUUUGCUUGUCAGGUGGAGGACCUUGAUUCUAUGUCUCAGGGAAGCAACAGUGCAGAAUUUGUAAUCUAUUCUGUCCUUGCAUCAAAUUAAAACUGACUGCCAUAUUUCUCUGUAGGAAAACUCUGUACGAGUUCCCUGUGGAGCAUUUGAAAGGGAAUUCUAUAAAUAAAGGGAUCUAAGUGAUUGUAUUGCCUUUUAUUCUGCUAUGCACUGUUUGUCUAAUUUGACAGAAUAAAAGAAUUUCUAAAUGUU